CGACCACGAAGGUGCUGUUGAACAGCAGUCAGCAGAUGUUCUCGGAUUUUGAUUUGUAGUGCAUAUAUCAGCUGAGGGAUUUAAUUAGAAUUGUGUGAGUAAGACAUCUUGGGUUGUAACAGCUGAAAUACUACUCAUAUUCUGAACAAGUAACAAUGGAGUAUAAAGUGUACAAGAUAUUUGAAGCAGAAGAUUUCAAUAAUGUGACUAAAGGUAUGAAAGUGGCACCAUGUAUGGGAUCAAGUUCCAUUGAUGACAUGCUUGCAAAGAAUGCUGUAAGCCAGAGUCUCUGCAAGCCUGAAGAUCUGAAUAUAUCUGAAAAAUUAUUCUGCUCUUUCUGUAAUGCAAAGUUUGAAGAUCAAGCUCAACAAAGAUUGCACUACAAGUUGGACUGGCAUAGGUAUAAUCUGAAACGAAAAUUGGAUGACUUGAAGCCUGUUACAGAAGAGAAAUUUACACAACUUGCAGAUGAUAUGUCGAGUAUUUCAGGUUCUGAAUCUGAGAGUGAAGAUGGGGAAAGUUCAGAUUCUACACCAUCAUCGGUUGUAAAUCUUAGUUCUUCUCAGAAUAAUGAACCCAUGAAGAUCACAUGCUGUAAAGUUGAUGUCAGUGGUUCAUAUUCUGAAGAUGAACAAAAUGAUGAUGGUCUUGAAAAGAAACAUGAUCUGAGACUAAUGGCAGCAAGACAUACUAAGGUCUUUUUUGAAAAUGAAGAUGGCAAAAUACUGUCAAUGUAUCGUUGUCUCUUACAUGGAAAGAAGGAUGUACCAGAGAAUGAUGAGCAGUUGAUUCCAUUGGCCUUGAAGGUUGCAGCCAAUCCAGUGUGGGCUGUUAUUAUGCUUGGAGGAGGUCAUUUUGCUGCAGGCAUUUUCAAAGGGCAGGAAGUGUUAGUGCACAAGACAUUUCACUGUUACACAGUUCGUUCUCGCCAAGGUGGGACUCAGAGCUCUCGAGAUGGGCGAAGUGGUGGGAGCCACCCUAAAAGUGCAGGAGCCAGUCUUCGGAGGUACAAUGAGACAGCAUUGAUACAGCAUGUACAAGAUAUCAUGGAAUCCUGGUCAUCUCAGUUGGAUACCUGUGGUCUGAUCCUGUACCGUGCUGUUGGCCAUAAUGGAAAUGUUCUCUUCAGUGGUCGGAAUCCUCCUCUUAGUAAGACUGAUUCUCGUCUGCGCACCAUCCCCUUUGCCACAAGACGUGCCACCUUCAGUGAGGUCAAGCGUGUACAUGGCAUCCUUACCAGUGUUGAGAUGUAUGGCUCUGGAGAGGCCUUCCAAACAUCUUUCCCUCAGACUUUGAGAAAACGAGGUUUCAAGUCUCAGGCAGCACAGGAUGAAAGUAUGUCUGGGAAAAGAAUUAAUUAUGAGAUGACAGUUGAAGGAUCUGAAAACACAGGUCCAAAACGAGGAAGCUCCAAACAUAAUAUUGAUCGUGCUAAGUCUCGUAAGUCACCCCAUCGACCUUUGCCAGGAAUUGUAACUGCUGUUCUGACUAGAAGUUCAUCUGAAAGUGAUAUCAGUGAAACAAAAAUGACCGUUGGAAGCCAUAUGAUAGAUGAGGAAACAGAGAUAUCAUUUGAUUGUCUUCAGGAGUUUUGUGUUACAGUACCACAGGAGAUGAAAAAUAAAAAGAAGCAUAGUAAAGAUAACAAGAGGACUGACAAAAAGCAGCAAAAGAAGAAAGUUGAAAAAGAUUUGUACAGUGCAUCAGUUAUGGCUCUCCAGAGAAAGCUUUGGGCUUCUUGUCGGCUUGGAGAUACAGAAUUAUUGGUUAAUUCCCUUCAGACUGUCCAUCCAAUAGAAGAGGAGCCAGAGAAUUGUGAAGCUGAGACAACUAAAAUAAAUGAAGAAGCUGAUAAUUCUGAAAAAGUAAAGCCCUCUUACUGUAGAAGUGAGAACAGUAACAUCUCAAGGGUGGAAUAUCUGAGCUGCCUUAAUGAGAAUGUUGGUGAGAACAGAGAGACACUUCUGCAUGUGGCUGCUCAAGGUGGACACAUGGCCAUUGUUAGGGCUUUACUGGAAGCUGGCUGUGAUCCUUCUGUCAAGAACAAGAAGUCACAGACUCCAUAUGUUGUCUCUGCAAAUAAAGAAACACGUAAUAUUUUUAGGAGAUUUUGGGCUGAUUUUCCAGGCAAAUAUGAUUAUUCUAAGUCCCAAAUUGCGGGGCCAUUAACAGAUGAUAUGGAACAAAAAAUGGCAGAGAAACGACAAGACCAGAGAAAAGCUAAAAGAGAGAGAGAAAAGGAAAGAAAAAAAGAGGAGGAGGUGAGAAGAGCAGAACAGGCUGAGAAACAAAGAUUUCUUCAAUUGAGUGACAGAGAAAAGAGGGCCCUUGCUGCUGAAAGAAGACUUCUGUCUCAGGCAGUUGACAGUAAAGUGAAACCAAUUGUAUCUAGGUGUUUCCAGUGUGCUGUGGACAUUACAGGCAAAGUCCCAUUUGAGUAUGAUAUCCACAGGUUUUGUAGCAUGGACUGUCUAAAACAACAUAGGCUCAAAUUGAAAAACUUGCAACAUAAAUAAUAAAAUGCAGGAAAAGUAGCAUUAUGCAUUAGAAAGAAAACCUUAGUGAAUAAUUUCUGCUGUUAGUGAUAUAAGACAAAAUCUUAUCUCCCAUAAUUUCUGUAUAAAAGACCAAGCACAAGUAGUAUUUUCCAUAAUUAAUAAUAAAUUAAUAAAUUAUUUGUCACUGUUUUUACAUUGUCUGUAAUACCUGGAACAUUGUUAGCAGACACUUUUAGUUCUGAAAGUUUGGAAUGUGAGCAUUUGGUCAUCAUGUCUCUAUUCACAGGAUCUAAAAGUUUGUGACAAUGGUAUAUUAAUAUAACUUUUGUGUUUCUGGACAUUGUCCAUCAUUCUGUUUUUAUUUAAAAUACUGUCUUGUUUUUGUUUAAAACACAAUGGAGAGAGGGAGUAGCUCUGUUGAUUGGGCCCAGCCGAAUAAGUUCCAUCUGUAGAUGGAGACAGAAUGCAGUCUGUGAAACGUUAUGUUUAUUUACUGCUCUUUGACUGCCAGAAUCUGUGUAGUUGUAAAUAGAAAAUGUUUUCUUAAGAACACAUAGAAUGCUUAUACAUCUUCCUCUUUACUGCUGGAAUACAGUACUAAACUUGUGUUAUUUUGAUACAUCUUGAGAACUAUUCAUAUUUGAUUUCAUUGUACUACUACUCAUUUCUAUUUUGAAAAGAGUUUGAUUAAGUAGUAAUAUAUUGUAUGAUAUGUGAGAGUUUCCAAAUUUUUAUAUACUGGUAUAAUUGCAACAUGUUUUGUGAACUUUAGCAAGAAGUAUAUUAAACUGAAAAAUGCUGAUCUCCCAGUUUCAGUAAUUAUUGGUUAAUAGUAUAAGCUUUUGUUACAUUCAUAUACUUCCUGCUUGUUUAAGAAGCAAUGUAUGCAAUAUCAUGCAAAUUGGUUACGUGUUAAAUCUGGAAGAUCAGUUAUUUGUAUCAGAGGUUUUAAAUGUCUAUAUACUAUGUAUGUUUUUGUCUGAUAAUGGGGUAUUUUUUUUCCAAAGGAAAAAACUGUGUUCUCCACAGCAUGUACCAAAAUUGCAGUCCAUUACCAUUUCCUUCCACGUGUUUGUAACAAUAUGUAAUUUCUUACAAAGGUAAAUAAAUUGUGAAAGGUGUUUUUAUUUAUAAAUUUUGACACAAUAAUCAUACAGUACAAACACAUAUUUUAUUCUUCUAAGUUAUUGCCUUACUUUUUAAAGUAAGUAGUCCAGCAAUCUGCAAGUUUCCUGAUUUAACAGAAUAAAACGUUUUGUUUGGGCCCUAAACCACUCUUGCACUGCUGCAUCCCAUGACUGAUUCAUUUCAGUUAAUUCAAUUUUAUGCAUCCUUUUUGGUCAAACUAUUGACCUAGGGUGCAACUUAUAUACGUAGCUAAAAGUAACAUAUAUAGUAUAUAGUUUUAUCAGUUCAGAUUGUCUCUUACAAAUAUGCAGAUUAAUUUGGUCCUUAACCUUAACACAUGUUACAGAUGAUUGCUGACAAUAACAUGGCAUCAUCAAUAAUUGUCCACAAUCUUUAGAAUCUUUUCACACAUUUCAUCACUCUCCUCUGUCUCAUGCUGCUGUCUUCCAUAAAUGUCACUUUUUCACACACACUGACCACAAAAAUUGGAUCAUAGAUUGUUGUUUUUCAGUGGGCAUCCUGUUACAGUAGCAGCCAUGUUAAUUGGCUGCUUGACAGGGUCUGUCAAAAGCCUUAGUAUUUUACUUGUGGAAACAUUUUUGUUUUUUGUUGUAGACAGUUCCUUGAUAAGUACAGAAGUAAUUAUUAAUGUGAAUUUUUUUUUUAAUUUUUAUAUAGUGUUUUGUGUACUGAUCUAUAGAAAUCAGAGUUGUAGAUAGCUAGGGCACAAAAGAGAAUUGCUCAAAGGAUUGUGAUAAAGCACAGUUUUGUGUUGAAAAAUGUUAGUUGGUAUUUUACUGAAUAAUUGCACAUGUCCAAAACAAAAUAGUGAAGUAAUUUUCUUAAAGGUAUGUACAAUUUGUUUCUGCUGUUACACGUAUUGCAUGUGACAGAGCACUAUAAAAGAAAAGGUAAAGCUAUCCCUGUAACAGGCCAUGAAGGCCCAUUGGGUUGUGAGACG